CUGUGUAUCUCGAGCCCAAAUCCAAACCCAUUCCAUUCAGCGAUCCUCCAAUCUCCGCCAUAUCCUAAUCUAAGCAAUUCAACGCAGCAGAAAGUGUUUUCGAGUUUCUCCCUUUUCCUUCUUUUUUCUCUUUUUUCCUUCUUGAUCGUUUGCGUUUUUCUUUGAUCUUUCUUUUCGUUUAUGGAUGGGUUUGGUGCUGAGGCCAAUGUCCGUGGUGCUUCUAACGCCGAAGAACUUAAGCAAUUAGGACAUGUUUCCAAAGAAGGUGCAGUAUUUGAUGCAUCACAAUACGCAUUCUUUGGUAAAGAUGUUGCUGAGGAAGUUGAGUUGGGCGGGUUGCAAGAUGAAGAUAACUGCAUACGUGCAGUUGAGUUCAAUGAGGAGGAGUUCUUUCUCAAUACAGAAGAGGAGGAAGAUGUAAGAUCUUUUUCUGAUAUUGAUGAUCUCACUACGACUUUUUUGAAGUUGAACAAAGUUGUUAGUGGUCCAAGAAACCCAGGAGUUAUUGGUGAUCGGGGAUCAAGAGAAAAUUCCUCGGCUUCUGACUGGUCACAAAGGGAUGAUGUUCCCUACUGGUUUGACCAGCAUGCGUAUGACAGUGAAGGUUCUCAAGAUGGAAAAAAAUGGUCAUCGCAUCCACAUUCUCCUCUCACUUAUCUACAAGAAUCAAAGCCCUUGUACAGAACAUCUUCAUAUCCUGAGCAGCAACGGCAGCAGCAACACCCCCUCCAACAUUGCUCUAGUGAACCUGUUCCUAAUUGGUUUGAUGCACAUUUUCUUGAUAGUGAAACUGCUGAGAAUGGAAAUAAAUGGUCAUCCCAGCCACAUUCCUCCAUUGCGCACUUACAAGAAUCAAAGCCCUUGUAUAGAACAUCAUCAUAUCCUGACAAGCGACAGGAGCUUGCUCGUUUUUCUAGUGAACCAAUUUUGGUACCAAAAUCUUCAUUUACUUCUUAUCCUCCCCCUGGUGGUAAAUCUCAACAGUCUUCUCCAAAUCAUAGUACAGGGCACAUGAACAUUCCUUACCGUGCUGGGGGAGCUCAUAUACCAUUAUUGUCACAAAAUCGUUCUAGUUUCUUCAACUCUGCACUACAGUUGAGUGGAUCAAAACAUGAGUCGCAGUUCAGUGGAAAUAUGAGCCAAUUCACAGCUGGAUCCCCUCUUAAUCACCGAAUGCAGAAUCAAUGGGUCAACCAAGCAGGGUUAUAUCCUGGAGAUCAUCCAAAUCUCGUGAGUAAUAUGUUACAGCAACAAUUACACCAUCAUAGUGGAUCAGUAUCUCCUCACUUAAUGACUCAGUUGCAGCAACAGCAGUAUAGACUGCAUCAUCCUGUUCAGCAAUCAGCAGGCUAUUUGUCAGGUUUCCAGUCCCAUUUAUUUACUCCCCACCUUUCUUCUGGAUCAUCAAUAGCUAGCAAAUAUGAACUUAUGCUUGGUCUGGCUGAUGUUAGGGAUCAUAGACCAAAAUCCACUCAUAAGGGUAGACAGAGUCAUCGUUUAUCCCAUCAGGGUUCUGAUUCCAGUAGCCAGAAGAGUGAUUGUGGAUCAGUACAGUUUAGGUCCAAGUAUAUGACUAGUGAUGAAAUUGAGAGUAUUCUUAGAAUGCAGCAUAAUGUGACUCAUUGUAAUGACCCUUAUGUAAAUGACUAUUAUCACCAAGCUCGUCUUGCAAAAAAACCUGGGGCUAAGUUGAAACAUUCAUUUUGCCCAACACAAAUUAAGGAACUUUCUCCACGAGCCCGUGCCAAUACUGAGCCGCAUAGUUUUCUUCAGGUUGAUGCUUUAGGGAGGGUUUCUUUCUUGGCUAUUCGUCGACCUCGCCCUCUUCUUGAAGUUGAUCCUCCAAACUCUUCUGUUAGUGGUAGCUCUGAGCGAAAUAUUUCAGAGAAGCCCCUUGAAGAGGAGCCUUUGUUUGCAGCUAGAGUCACAAUUGAGGAUGGUCUUUGUCUUCUUCUUGAUGUAGAUGAUAUUGAUCGUUUCUUACAGUGUAAUCAGCUACAAGAUGGUGGAACUCAAUUAAGAAGAAGACGGAAGGUCCUUUUGGAAGGACUAGCAACAUCACUUCAACUUGUUGACCCACUGGGAAAGAAUGGACACAAAGUUGGGCUUGCUGCUAGGGACGAUCUUAUUUUCUUACGAUUAGUAUCUCUUCCCAAGGGACGCAAGCUCCUAGCAAAGUAUCUUCAUCUUGUUCCUGGUAGUGAGCUUAUGCGGAUAGUCUGCAUGGCCAUAUUUCGUCAUUUAAGAUUCUUAUAUGGUGGUCUCCCCUCUGAUCUGGCAGCUGCAGAGACUACAAGUGACCUUGCCAAGGCUGUUUGUCAAUGUGUCCAAGGAAUGGAUCUUGGUGUGCUUAGUGCUUGUCUUGCAGCAGUUGUUUGUUCGCCGGAGCAGCCUCCUCUACGUCCCCUUGGAAGCACCGCUGGAGAUGGUGCUUCCCUUAUUUUAGUAUCUGUUCUUGAGAGAGCUACUGAACUUCUAACUGAUUCUCAUGCCUCUUGCAACUAUAAUAUAGGUAACCGUUCAUUUUGGCAGGCCUCAUUUGAUGAAUUUUUUAGCCUUCUCACGAAGUAUUGCAUGAAUAAAUACCAUAGCAUCAUGCAAUCGCGGCUUAUACAAGGGACACCAAAUGUUGCUGUAAUUGGAUCAGAUACUCCUAAUGCAAUUAGUAAGGAAAUGCCUGUUGAACUCUUACGUGCUAGUCUUCCUCACACUGAUGACCAGCAGAGGAAGUUACUACUAGAUUUUGCUCAGCGCUCCGCCCCUGUGGUUGGAUUUAACAGUUAUAGUGGGAGCAGUGGUGGUCAUGUGAACUCAGAGACAGUGCUGAGUUGAUAGAGAUAAACAGAGGUUCUCCUAAUGAUAAUGGUAUUUGCGUUGAAGGUACAUCAAAUGUACAACCUUGCUUCUGUUCAAAUACAAUUGGAGCUAUCUGACUUGGAAGUGCAAGUUGCAUCUAUGGUGGAGGUUUCUGCUUUUGUAUACUUAUCAUGAUGCCGUAACAGUGUAGCAUUGUGAUAAAUUUGCGAUCAGGCUCUUCAUGUAUUAUGAUAUAUUCAGCUUAAUCUGUUCCUCUAGUCUUUACUUUUUCUCAUGACGGGGGAGCUUAUUUUAUUACUGUGUGGAUGUUAGAAACACUAGUGCUUAGCAUGUACAGGUUUAGGCACAUAUUGAUGCCCAUGUUUCCUUUCUUAUAUACAAGGCGUUGGGAGGGUUGUUUCCUUUCUGGAAGUGGCAGUGUGGUGCCAUUAAAAUUCGCUGGGAAACGUGUUGAUAAGUUGGCGGGGAAGAAUAAGUUAUGUUGACCUUGCUGGAUAAUAUUAUCACUUUACUAAAUUGUUAAUUUGUUGAUGUGUUUUCUUAGGUCUUCCCUCACUUAUGAAUUAUUGAUCAUUUAGUUUUAUCCAACUGAUUUUCUUGACUUUAGU